AUGAGUCAACCAUCGAAUCAACUUGAUGAGCAGCAAGUGGCAGAGACAAUACGAGACAGCAGAGCAAGCCAGCUUCAGUCAUGUCGACAGCGCAUAGCCUUGUUCAAGGGAUUACAAGUAGACAAUUACGAAGAAAGAGUGCUGGCAUUAGAGAAAAUCAUCCAGGUUGUCAAAUCAUUUAUCCGCAGCUCCAACUCAACAUCGCCCUGCUUGAGUGAUUCGCCAGAGCAUAUGCUGCAGCUAUACGAACAAGACGGUGAAGAGUAUAGCGAGCAGUUACUGUACUAUUUGUUGACGAUACUAAGGCUUUCUUACACCUGCCCUUAUUCUGACGUGAGACAAACAUUCCAAGAUUUAUUGAAUAGUUUGAAAGAAACAACAGGCAUUGUCAUACCAAAACCUAGAUAUAAAUCACCUUCUCACUUUAUUCCAUUGUACGAUAUUUUCUCGCUUGAAUCCAACACCUCAUCAUCAUCCAAUCAUGUUAUUUAUCCUCGCUCUUCAAAUUUAUCGUUUUCACCAUGGUCCAUCAACUCAUGUGAAAAUGAACAGCAACCUAUACAUACACAACACAACAACAACAACAACAACAGCUCAAAUAUACCAAAAAUCAUGCAAGACUACACAGGUGGAAGACCCUCAGAUGAAUAUGUGCGACAAAUGAUGAUCAAAACGUUCACAGACGAGGGAAGAUUGGCCAAUCUGUUCCGUAUUUUGUCUUUCUUUCCCACCUUCUACGAGCUGUUUCAUGUCACUUUCACAAAGCUUUUAAAGGGAUCUAUGGGCCCUUUGAAUCGAACAUGGAAAUCCUACAUUGGCUUGAUGGUGGCAUCCGAACAGCAGUGCCAGUACUUGGUGUCUGUGAUGAAGAUUGAAUUCCUGUACAAUGGCGGUGAUCCCAACUGGCUUAUCGGACUGGAUUAUGUCCCUACAAAGCUACGCAAUAUAUCUGCAUUGAUCUUGAAGCUGGCACGACAACCAUGGCGAUUGAAUUCGGACGAUAUCAGUCAUUUGCUAGCUGGUGGCGUCUUGGGCGAUGCGUGGAGCCGAGGCGAAUUGGUGCAAGUGACACUGAUCAUUGGCACUUUUUUAGGUUUGUCUAGCUUCAUCAUGGGGUGUGGCAUUGUGCCUGAAAUUGACAUGACUGGUGGAUUCAUUGUUCCCAACCAACAGCAGGCUUGUAGUGGUAUUGAAAAUGAAUUAGACUUGCCUACGAUCCAUUUUGACAAUGAUCGUCAACAACAGCAGCACCAGUUCCAUACAGAUCACGGUAUAGGAUUGGGCCUUACAACCGCCAACACUGACCUUGUCGACACUGAAAAGACAACCAAAGAGUUAAUUCACAAACUGAAGACCAAAAAGAAUUGCGCCAUCAAGGAACAAAUAUUGGAGAGUUUUGAAAAGAUGAAGCUUUCAGAAGAAGACGGAAAUCAAGCUGAGACGCCCAAAAUGACGGUGGAUACCAAUCUAAAGCCUGAUGAAACGGAAGAAGAUGAUCCCACUACUACUGCCGACGUCAAUGUUAUUUUUGAAGAUCUGCAGCGCUUUGUAGACCCCACUUUGAAUGAGGAAAUCCAGCUGAGCGCAUUUGAUUCAGACACGGAAGACUAUUUCAUGCUCGGCGACUAUUGCUGGGAAGAUCAUGGCUGUGAUUUAGCCAACCACUAUUUACCUGGCAUUGGCGAUGAUCUUGUUACUGAAUUUCAGGAAGCUCAGACCAUUACAGAUUGGAGUAUAUUUCACCCUGUGGCCGAAGAAGUUGUAGACACAUCGCCUCUGAGAAACGCUAUUUGGUAUUAUACGCAAAAAAUCAUGGGUGUGACCAAGGAAGAUUACACCUACUCUGAUAUCCCAACCUACUUGAAUGAUCGCACGACUCAAUACAUUCAAGAUCUUUGUAUGUCUCCCUGCAAAAUUCAAAAGUCUGACUGGACCAACAUUGGUAUCGUUCUACGACCCGAAGAGAAGUGCCAUGUCAAUCUGCUGGUGGCCUCUGCCAGAAAACAAGCCGUGUUAUGUCAAGGAUUAAGCAUCAUUUCUGAGCUUUGA